UUGCUGAGGGUUGAGUACUAUGAAUAAGCUUAUUGAGUUUGGAAGAAAAGCCCUGUUCUAUGCAAGGGUGCUCUCUGGAUAUGAAGAAAGGAGGAUAAGAUCUUUCAGGUUGCAGCUCGAGAAUCGUAUCAAACAGGGACGUGAGCUGAACUUUGAUUCUGACUGAAAGUCUAGUAGUCUUGCUUAUGUUACACUACUAGUUUGUUAAGCCUGUCAUAUAUCCCAUGUACGCACUGAAGGUAAUCAUUUGUUCGUACUUUGUUAUUGAUGUUUUGUUCCUUUUGUCAUGUACUCUCUCUGAACAUCGUUCCAUAUGAUUCUAAGCUUUGAACGGAUAUGUUUUUGUUUCUGUGUAUCACCAAGGAGGAAGUCCACACAUGUCCUGGAGAUAGGAUUUGCAUGGUUGAUGAUACUUGAAUAUGCUACUUCUUCUCGGGCUCAGGAAAAAAGAGCAGCUGUAAAUAAGGUUCCGGAGCAAAUUAUUCUAUCCGAGGUUCGCCGUAUGGUUGAAGAGAUGCAAGCAUUAAAUAAGAAGCUUGAAGAAACGGAAGCUGCCAUCGAAGAGUACUUCGGGCCAAUUGACAAGCAAGCUGAGAUGAUCAUGAAAAUGCAGCUUGAGGGAGAGGAGAAGACAAUGAAGGAGAUGAUGAAAGCCAUGCAGAGGCAGACCUUGCUUGAGAAAGAGGCGAUGGAGAAAUUCGCGAAAGUGAAUCAAGCUGGAGAACCGAACCAACCCAAGCAGAGUGCUGAUGAAGAGAAGGCAGCAAACUCUUGAGCAGGCCAUGCAAAGCAUCAACCUUCUCCAAUGUGAUGCCAACACGUAGGUAGAUACAAUAAGAAUUGAUGUCUGAAAACAAAAUUUGUGCAUUAUAAAUGCAUUUUUGGUCAUAAAACCCCUAGGUAGAAUCUGAAUAGCCAUCCAAGUGUUUGGUCUCUCCUUUUAGUUAGAAUACAUUUCUUGGAGCAGUUACCCCAUGUUCGAGCCAUCUCCGUUCGGUUCUAUUUGGGUUUGAGAAGCAAUAUUCAUUUGUUUGAACUGUUGGGCCUGCUGGACCAUCAGGACCGGAUAACUGGUUCCGAUCUUAUCAUGUCAAUAUAAUAGGUAGGAAAACAAAAAAAAUGAGUCGAUGGAA